UCUGCUCACGGGGCCUAACGCCCGUAACAUCUCUGCUGGGCGGAGCUGAGCUGAAAAAGUCACCAUGUAGGUGCGUGAGGUGCUAGAAUGCUAGGAUCUAGAAAACUAUAAAGUAGCAGUCCUGAUGGCCUCUGAGCUCGACAAAUAUCAGAUCAAACAGGUCAAACAUCAUCCCAGGCUUGCUACCAAUACAGAUUCAUUGAUAUCCCCAACCUCUAGCAGCUCGGCCCACACACUCCACACUCUUCACAAUGUACACGUCCAUCAUUGCCCCCCUCGUCCUCCUCGCCGGCCUCGUCGCCUCGGCGCCGGCACCCCAGUCCUCCGGCCCCAAGCCCCCGGGCCACGAGGUGGCCAUCAUCGGCAUCGCCUACGCGGGCACGGGCUGCCCGGCUGGGACCGUUGCCGGGCAGAUCUCGGGCGAUCUGACCUACGUCACCCUGCUUUACGACAAGUUCGUCGCCCAGGCUGGCAAGAACAUCGGCGCGACCGAGAACCGCAAGAACUGCCAGUUGAACGUGAAGCUCCGCUUCCCCCAGGGCUGGCAGUUCAGCAUCUUCAAGGCCGACUACCGCGGCUACGCGCAGAUCCCCCGCGGAGAGACGGGCACCUGCAAGGCGACCUACUAUUUCUCCGGCGAGAGCCGCCAGGUCUCAAGCACGCUCACUCUCCGUGGGCCCUUCGACGACAACUACCUCAAGACGGACCAGCUUGGCGUCGAGAGCACCGUCUGGUCGCCCUGCGGCAUCGAAGGCCUGCUCAACAUCAACUCGGAAGUGCGCGUCACGUCGGCCACCAAAAACAACGUCCUACUCACGGUCGACUCUACCGAUCUCAAGUUCACCCAGGUGCACUACCUCCAGUGGCAGGAGUGCUAAGGUGGCGGCAAAAAGCAUGCGGAAAGCUGGGAAACAGCUCUGUCUCGACUUGGGUGUCGAAGAAGAGGCUUUGCUUUACCUUCUCAAAUGGAGGAUUGGAUGGGGAUUUUGCAGAAUACUGUUUGCAGAAUACUGUUUGCAGAAUACUGUUUGCAGUAACAGGUACGAAACAACUAGCAUCCAUCUCUACUUUACUAGGCCUUCUUGGUAGUCCUUGUGGGUUCUUUCGUAUAAAUAGGCACAAACCCUCUUGGUGUGCUU